AUGUCCGGAGUGACGAGAAGACGUGUUGCUGGCGGUGGAACAAGCUCGACUACUGAAGGAAAUGGAACAACUUCGGCAGACAUCUCUUAUGCACCCAGCACACCAAGCGAAGAAAGAAAGAUUGCUUACGAUCCCAAGGACCUCGAAGACGACAAGGACAGGAAAGAACCGAAAUUAACCUUGAUGGAGGAAGUCCUACUUCUGGGACUGAAAGAUAGACAGGGAUAUCUAUCUUUUUGGAACGAUAAUAUUAGUUAUGCUCUGCGUGGAUGCAUAGUAAUGGAACUGGCUUUUCGUGGCCGAAUAGCGAUGGUGAAAGACAGCAAUAGACGAAAAUUUGAACUUUCAGAUCGACAUAUCGAAGUUAUAAGCGAACGUUUGACCGGCGAAGUUCUUCUAGAUGAAGCUUUGAAAAUGAUGAAGAUCAGUGAGCCCAUGAGUGUGGCGAGCUGGAUUGAUCUCAUGAGCGGCGAAACGUGGAACGUUAUGAAAAUUGGAUACCAACUCAAGCAAGUCCGAGAGCGCCUGGCAAAAGGACUAGUCGACAAAGGAAUUUUACGAACAGAAAAGCGAAACUUCCUUCUUUUCGACAUGGCAACACACCCAAUUGCCGAUAUGGCUGUAAAAGACGAAAUUAUCAAGCGUGUUUGCACAACUUUGGUGUCAAGGACUACACCAGCAUCAUUUGAUUCUCAAUCCGGCCUUCGUAAUGGAUAUUUGCGGACGGUCGCAAUGAUAUGCUCUGCUUACGCUGCAAACGUUCUUGAAAACUCACUGUUUUCACUCAGUUACGAUAUGCGAGAAAAGGCGUUUGCCAAGGUCGACGAAUAUCUUGCAGACUUCUCCACAUGGCCAUUUACAGGAACUGGCAGUAAAGUUAAUGUCCACUCAGGAACAGAGUUAUCGAUGGAGGUUGUAUCUGCUGUCCUAAAUGUGUUCACCAAAAUGGACUCAAUUGUAAGUGUAAUGUUUAUUAGUAUUGUUGCUGUACUGACCAAUGAUACUUGUUCCUUUGAACUUCCCAUCACUAAUCUGUUUCAUUUUCUUGAUUCCAUUGAUAGCUUUGAGACAGUCCACAAUGUAAUCAGGGUGUAUUUAGUGCAAAGAGAUUGCUGA